CCAAAUAUCCUCUCAGCCCUUCCCAAAUUACCCCCAGAACCCCAAUUCCCAACCCCGGAGCCCCCCAGCCCUGCUCCUCUCCAGGGAUGUUCCUCUAAGGAUGUCCCUGAAGGCCACCAAGGCACCAGCCCUGUCACCAAGCUGCCACAGGAUGACCCCCGGGAGCCCUUCCUUCCUCCCGAGGAAAAACCGGGAAAUUCCAGGCUCCAGAGUGGGGGGGUCCCACAGUGCCCACCCCCAUCCUGCACCCCAAACCCCUCCCUGGAGCCAGCACACCCCCGGAGCGUGUGGAAAGACAAUUAAUCCCUGAUUAAUUUCACUUGUCCUGCCAAGAACUGAUCGUUUCCUGCCCGAGAAAUUGCGGCGGCUUUCCCGGCAGCGCCAUUCCCUGUUUUUCCGCCGGGUGCCAGGGCGGGAGAGGGCAGGGCGGCUCUGGGGCACCUCGGGGGCACCUCUUAUCUCCUGCCCGCACUCCUCGGCUCCCUUUGGAGCGGGAGGAGCGGAGCCGAGGCGGGGAGAGCGGAGAAGUCACCCCCGGACACCUCCUGGCACGUGGGUGCCCUGUCCGAGUGGCCACCCCUGAGUGACCACCCCGGUGCCACCCCCGGCACCCAGCGGAGCCCCCAGACUCGUGGGAAAGCCAUCAUGGGCAACUGUGUCCCCGUGAGCCCCGGCAUCCUGGAGACCCCGGACUCCCUGGACCUGGGGGAAAUCACGGGCAACCUCUCCUCCUUCUACGACGACGACACUUACAUCAACGACACCCUCCUGGACUACGACGCCACACCCUGCCGCAACCACUUCUGUCCCCUCUUCCAGCGCGUGGCCCCCCCUUUCCUGGCCGCCACCUGCGCCACGGCCGCGCUGGCCACCGGCGCUUUGCUGGUGGCCCUGGCCAAGCGUCCCCAGGCGUGGCGGUGGCCGCAGAGCCGAGCGCUGGUGGCACAGCUGGCGCUGGGCACGGCGCUGUUCGCGGCGCUGCUGCCCGCGCUGGCCGCGGGCGUGGCGCGGGGCUGGCACCUGGGCACGGGGCUGUGUCGCCUCACGCACCUCCUGUGGCACUGGAGCGUCUUCGGCCAGGCGCUGCUGGUCGCCAGCGGCUCCUGCGGCACCGCCUGGGCUCGCUGGGACCCCCGGAGCCGGCGCUUGGCCGUGGCCCUGUGGGCAGCGGCGCUGCUCUUGGCCACUCCGGCCGCUCUGGUCAGCGGCGUGGCGGCGGGCACCGCCUGCGUCCGGCGCAGCGUGGGCAUCCUGGCACCGGUUUAUCUGCUGCACCUGGCGCUGUGCCUGUGCCUGCUGCUGCUGCUGCCCGCGGGGCUGCUGCUGGCCGCGCCGCGCCUCAGGGCGAGCGGCGCCGGGCUCGCCUGGCUCUUCCUGGGGCUCUGGGCGCCCUACGGAGCGGGGCUGGCCGGGGAGUUCCUGCUGCAGGCCGGGCUGCUGGAGCCCACCUGCGGCUCCUUCGAGCACUUCGACAUCGCGCUGGGGCUGAGCGAGGGGCUGGGGGUGCUGCACUGCGGCCUCGGGCCCCUGGCGCUGCUGCUCGCCCGGAGCUGCCGCCGCGAUGCCGGCGCUGCCGGGGGCUGCUGACACCCGGGGGCUGCUGAGCUCCAGGAUUGCCAAGAUCCGGGGGCUGCGGAGCUCCGGGAAUGCCGAGAUCCGGGACUGUCAAACUCCGGGACUGCCGAGCUCGGGGGCUGCCGAGCUCCGGGGGCUGCACUGCGGAGCCAAACGGACCCACGGCACCGCACUUGGACCCCCGGCCCCUGGCGCCAGACUUGGACCCCUGGCACCAGAUUGGGCACCCUGGAUCCUGGGCACCAACCUUGGCCAUUCAGCACUGACCCCUGGCCACCUGGCAGAAGCCUUGGCACCCUGGCACCUGCCUCUGGGCACUGCCUCCUGGCCCCACCGUGCCCCCCCAGCCCCACAGCCUCUGUUCUCCACCC